AUGAAGAAGGCGGCGGCGCUCUUCGUGGUUUCUUUCGCUAGUUUCUCUCUCCAUACAGAGUUCUCUUUUGCUCUCGAGGAUGUGCCUCGUGUGGGUUCCGCUGGGCGCGCCCCAUCUUCCUUCCCCUCUUCCUCCUCCUCGUCCUCCGAAGCAUCAUCUGCAGCCUCAGGAGCAGCAUCAGCAGCAGCAGCAUCUGGGGCUCUAUCAAAUGGUGCAGGUGCAGGAGAUUUGAGCCCUCCAAACGCUUUUGCUAGCUUUGCAGACCUCUCUCCCUCAGACAUAGACGAAAUAGCUAACCGAUUAUCAUCAUUAGCUGGCUCCGAUGUUCUUAAAACACUUGCAGGGCAAGUAAAUCCAGGUGAAGCAGGCUUGGAUGUAGGGUUUAUUCAACGGGCGGUCCAGCUUUUAGGGAGUGCACUUUCAGCUCCAGGCUUACGUGAGUUGUUAGCACAAGGGGGAAAAGAUGCAGAGGUUGUGCUGCAUGCAUUACUAGAAAGCCAAGGGGUCGAACACGGCAGCGAAGAAGAAGAAGCUCUGAUGGCCAUUUUCACAUAUUUCACCUCUCUCACACAGGUACUGCAAGAAAACCCUUAUCUACGCAGCCAAGUAGGAGAUCUCAUUCAAAAACAAGCAGAAAAAUUUCUUACUGACGGAGAUUUCUCUCGUGUGCUGGAGAGUAUUGCGGGUAGUUCUGUCUUCAUGGAUCUCAAAGAAGAAGUAGACGAUCAUUUGCAAUUAUCUGGUGGGUAUAUCCCGAUGCAAGAAGAUGGAGGGGAUAUGGCAUAA